AAAGUGGAAUUAAAAUCAAAGCAGUUUAAUGAAGAGGAAAAAAAAUCUUUCUGCAACAUAUCGAAAUUCCUCUAUUCAAGGAAGAGCAUUCCAUUCACACACUGUUGGAUGAGAGUGUUAUUAGCCCUUGGGACCUAAAAAUGAUGUUACCAUGGAGACAUAUUGUUCUGCUAUCAAUCACUGGAUGCCUUGCAGCCUGUACAGAGGAUGUCAUAUUUCAAGGGCCCCGAUGGAGGAUGGAGCCAAGGGACCUCAUUUUACCAAUCAACUCCCCCGACCAACAGGCUAUGAUCACAUGUGAGGCAGAAGGGAGUCCUUCUCCGCAGUACAGUUGGUCGCUUAACGGGACACUCAUCGAUCUGGGGAAUGACUACCGGCGUCACAUGUCUGGGGGCAACCUGAUCAUUAGCAACCUGGACAAGGACCAAGACACCGGGGUAUACCAGUGCACCGCCUUCAACACAUGGGGCUCCAUUCUCAGCCAUAAAGCCAGCCUGCAAUUUGCAUAUCUUGAAAACUUUAAAACUCAAACUGUGAGAAGCACCGUAAAUGUCCGUGAGGGCCAAGGUGUGGUUCUGUUGUGUGGACCCCCAGCACACUCUGGAGAGUUGAUAUUUGCCUGGAUCUUCAACGUGUACCCGUACUUUGUCCAACAAGACAGUCGCAGAUUCAUCUCUCAGGAGACGGGGAGUUUGUACAUCGCAAAAGUGGAGCCUUCAGACGUUGGCAACUACACCUGUGUGGUCAACAACACUGUUACAAAGGAGAGGGUGCUCAGCUCCCCAACACCCCUGGUUCUCAGAAGUGAUGGAGUGAUGGGUGAAUAUGAACCAAAAAUAGAAGUUCAUUUUCCUGAUUCAGUUCCAGCUGCAAAAGAAUCGGUGGUGAAACUGGAAUGCUUUGCACUGGGAAACCCUGUUCCAGAAAUAAGCUGGAGGAGAACCAGCGGCAUCCCUUUCCCCACCAAAGUUAAAAUGAAGAAUUCAAAUGCAGUCCUUGAAAUCCCCAACUUGCAGCAGGAAGAUGCAGGGACGUAUGAGUGCACGGCAGAGAAUCGACGGGGCAAAAACACUGCACGGGGACGCAUUUCCUUCCAUGCUAAACCUCACUGGCUCCAGACAUUGGAAGACACGGCUCUCUCCAUCGGGGAUAAUCUUUUCUGGGAGUGUAAGGCCACUGGAAAGCCUAAGCCGUCCUACAGCUGGCUGAAGAAUGGGCAACAAAUGGCAGCUGAGGGUCGGGUACAAAUUGAAAACGGGGCCCUUUCCAUAGCUGAGCUGAACAUGUCAGAUUCAGGGAUGUAUCAGUGUGUGGCUGAAAACAAACAUGGCAUUGUUUAUUGCAGUGGCCAGUUAAUGGUGUUAGCUUCACCUCCCAGUUUCUCCAAAAGUCCAUUAAAGGCCGUGCUGAAAGCUCGAUCAGGCACUGAAAUUACUCUUGAAUGCAAGCCUCAGGCUUCACCUCCAGCAAUUAUCCUGUGGAAGAAAGGGAAUGAGAUCCUGCAGAGAACAGAAAGAAUCAUUUUGCUCACUAAUGGGACUUUGAAGAUCGCCAAUGUGACCAAACAGGAUGCAGCCAGCUACACAUGCUUUGCAAGGAAUCAGUUUGGGGCAGCGAGCACCACUGGGAGGUUGCUUAUCACGGAGCCCACCAGAAUCACCAUGAGGCCUACUAACAUGGAAAUUAUUGUUGGCGAGAGCAUCGUGUUACCCUGCCAGAUUGCCUCCGAUCCAGCUCUAGAUGUGUCUUUCUCGUGGGCAUUCAACGGACAGCUCAUCGACUUCCAGCGAGACAGCGAUCAUUUUGAAAGAGUGGGCGGGAGCAUAUCAGGGGAUCUCAUGAUUCGUAACAUCCAGCUGAACCAUGCCGGGAAAUAUGUUUGCAUAAUUGACACUGAUGUCGAGAGCCUGUCCACCUCUGCCAUUCUGGUUGUCAAAGGCCCUCCAGGUCCUCCCGACAAGGUAGCUGUGGAGGAGAUAACAGACAGCACAGCCCAGCUUUCCUGGAAUCCAGGGAUGGACAAUGGCAGCCCCAUCACCGGGUACAUCAUCCAGGCCCGGACACCUUUCACUGUGGGCUGGCAGGCUGUUGACACAGUACCAGAAGAGAUCAGUGGAACCAUGCUGACAGCAACAGUGGUGGGUCUAAAUGCCUGGGUGGAGUAUGAGUUCAGGGUGGUUGCCCGCAAUACAGUAGGCCUAGGGGGGCCAAGUGCACCUUCAGCCAAAACCAGGACAGAGGAUGCAGUUCCUGAUACAGCUCCCACUGAUGUCGGGGGUGGAGGUGGCACAAAGUCUGAAUUAGUGAUCACAUGGGAGCCCGUUCCUGAGGAAGUCCAGAAUGGAGAGGGCUUUGGCUACAUCAUCGCCUUCAGACCUUUGGGAACAGUCAUGUGGACACGAGCAGUUAUCUCCAUUCCUGGCGUGGCACGUUACACCUUCCGCAAUGACACAAUCCCUCCCUUCUCACCUUUUGAUGUCAAAGUCGGGGCAUACAACAACCGGGGGGAGGGGCCCUUCAGCUCUAUUGCUACAGUUUAUUCAGCAGAGGAAGUUCCCAGUUUGGCUCCUAAGGGGGUUAGGACCAAAAGUGUGUCUGCAGCACAUGUUGAAGUGAUCUGGGAAGCUGUCCCUGCCAUCCCUGAAAGAGUGCUCGGAUAUGAGGUCGUUUACUGGGAGGAUGACACAAAGCCUGACACUGUGGGAAAAGUGCGGAUUUCUGGAAACUACACGAUGGUUAACAUCACUGGCCUGAAAGCAAACACAGUAUACUACAUCUCAGUGGCUGCUUUCAACACAGCUGGCCCUGGGCCACAGUUGGCGCCCAUCAACACCACCACAAAGAAACCACCUCCAGAUCAGGCCCCUCUCAACAUACAAUGGACCAUGGCUGGCUCUACACUCAAGCUGCACUGGGACCCUGUAGUGGCUUUGGAGACAGAGUCAAAGGUCACUGGAUAUUUGGUGCUGCUAAAGAGACAUCGCUACAAUGACAUCAGCACCAUCUUUACCAGUAAAACAACUGUGGAGCUAAACCUCUCUACCAGUGACAACUAUCUCAUUCAGAUCAAGGUCAUGAGUGAGGGUGGUGAAGGUGUGGCCAGUGAACCCAUCCACAUCCAUAAAUUAAGCAUGGGAGCACGGGGCUCUGGAGCAAUCCACCUCAGCGCAUUGUGCCUCUCCUCAGUCCUCAUCAGUGCACUGCACUUCUCCGUCUGGUGAUGUCUAA